AUGGAGCCGCAUAAGCCAGACCCGGAAUUCCAGCGGAUUUACCACCGAUUGCUGCGUCCGUUGUCGCUCUUCCCCCGCAGGACGACACGCACAGCGUCUCAGGAGCACCUCUUGCAGGAGGUCCCGAUGGUACUGCCUUUACCGGUUCCACGGCUGACGGCGCAGUUGGUCUGCCGCCAGGUAGCCGAGCGGCUGACCAAAAGCGGGCUGGAGGCGCGGGCGCCUCACAAGGUACGGCUCCGUUUCACCGAGGUCAUCCUGGACGAGCUGAAGUGCAGCUGGCAGGAGCCCCCCACCGAAUUUGGCAUGAGUCACCUGAACAAUCAGAGGCUACGGAAGCGGCUCCUGAUCUACGUGCUGCUCAGCUGCGAGCAGCUCUUCGCACGCUACCUGCAUCUCCAGAAGCUCAUGUCGACCUCCGCAGUCGUCUUCACUGAAUCAGCCACGCUUACCCGUUUGGCCGCCAGCCUCGCCAGGGACUGCACAGUUUUCCUCACCGGCCCCGACGUCUACCGUAGCCUGCUCUCUGACUUCCUUGCCCUGCUCAAAGAAGAGCAGGCCCAAGUCUCCGUGCCCAGACUGCGCGCCGUUGGCCUUGGGGCUUUCAAGCUCUUCUCUGUCCCAUGGCAUCACAUCCCUGGCUUCACCCAAGUGCCGCGUUUCAACCUCAGCCUGAACUACCUCAUCCAGCUCAGCCGCCCGCGAGACCUUGCCAGUGAGCCUGAAAAGGAUCCAAUGAAGGAAUUGAAGUCCAUUCCCCAGCUGAAGAAGAAGAAGCCUCUGCGCUGGCUGUCCUCCAUGCAAAAGAGGAGAGAAAGCACCUUCAGUUCACAGAUUGCACCACUGCCUGGGUCCUCUGUGGCUCCCCCCUGCCGGGCUCCCCCCACCUCACACUUGCCCCUCUACUCCCAGCUCCAGAGGGGCCAGUCCAUGCCCUCUCUGCGUGAGGGCUGGAGGCUAGCAGAUGAGCUGGGCCUUCCUCCGCUCAGCCCUCGCCCCUUAACCCCACUGGUCCUGGUGGCAGAGAGCAAACCAGAGCUGGCCGGGGACACCGUGGCUGAGGACCUGAAGCAGAUGAUGAAGAACAUGCAGUUGGGGUGGUCUCAGUGCCCACCGCUGGACUCAGGGCUGCCCCCACUCCUGGGGGCCCUGACCCACCGCCCAGCUGCUACCCAUCACGUAGAAGAGCUGCAGAGAAUGUUGAACAGCCUUAAGGAGCAAGAGGCCUUGGAACAUCGGGGCCUCCAACCCCCUAAACCCCCUCUGCUUGAACCACAACCACUGACUGUUACUUUGAAGCUAAGAAAUCAGAUGGUCCAGAUAGCUGCUGUACAGGUCUCAGGAAGAAACUUUUUGGAUUCCUUCCACAUUGAGGGGGCCGGAGUGCUAUACAACCACCUGACUGGUGAACUGGAACCCAAACUUAUCGAGCAAAUGGAUAUGGAUCGCACUUUUGGCAGUAGCAUCAGGGAAGUCUACACGGAGCUGAUGAGCCGUGUCUCUAACAACCACUUCAGUUUUGACCAGGGGCCCCUGGUUGAGCCUACAACCAAUAAAGACUGGUCAGCCUUCCUGUCCUCAGCCUUCCUACGUCAAGAAAAACAGCAUCGUAUCAUCAACACCAAGCUGGCUGAACUUUAUUCCCAGAAAGCAAGCGCUUUACAGUCCAAUGCAGAUAAGGUGUCCUCCUUCACAUCACUCCAAGCAAGUAAAAGCUGGGACAGGUGGUCAAACAAGGCCAGAUGGCUGAACUGGUGGAAAAGCACUUUGUCUGUGGGUGACUACUUUAAGUACCUCACCACCCAGGAGACAGAUUUUCUCCAUGUCAUCUUCCAAAUGUAUGAAGAGGAGGAUCCUGUGGAGACCGUGGCCCCUAUCAAAGAGUCCAUAAAGAUCCAACACCCACCCCCCUUGCUAGAAGACGACGAACCAGAUUUUGUGCCAGGAGAGUGGGAUUGGGACACGGUGCUGGAACACAGGCUAGGAAGUAAGAGCAGCUUCCUGGAAGAUUCUCACAAAAUCCUGAGCCUGCAGAAGCGUCUGGAGCGGGUUUGGUCCAUGCUUGAUGUUCCAGAGAAGGACCAGCUGGACAUGGCCAUCAAAUACAGCUCCAAUGCCCGCCUGAGGCAGUUGCCGGCACUGGUGAGUGCCUGGGAGCGGGCCUUACAGCCCAUUCAGCUGCGGGAGAUACUGCUGGGGAGACUGGAGUGGUUUGAGCGACAAGCCUCCGACCCUAACCGCUUCUUCCAAAAGACUAACGUGGGCCUGAGUCGCUUCCUGGAGGAGAAUCAGAUCCGAGGCUAUCUCCAAAGGAAGCUCAGUACGGUGGAGGCUUCUUUGGUUCCCCUCUUGGCGGAGGUUGAGUUAGUCUUUGGCGAGCCGGUGACCUUCAAGGGGCAGCGCUACCUGGACAAGCUGAAGCACGACAAAGUGGAAAUGCUCUACUGGCUGCAGCAGCAGCGGCGGGUCCGCCACCUGACCCGGGCCAAGAAGGCCUCCCAGCAGUCAGUCCUGUCCAGGAAGCUCAGCAGCCAGCCUUUAA